AUGACGAACGGGUACCUCUUCCGGGAGUACCUCGGCGCGCAGUCCACGGGCGUCCGGUUCUCCGACGUGCCUGUCAACCCCGGCGUCAGCUUCCACCACAUCCUCGCCUUCGCCAUCGACUACACGCCGGUGGCGCAGCAGCCCACGCCGGCGCCCACCAACGGCGUGUUCAGCGCGUUCUGGGACACGGCCAACCUCUCCCGCGCCGACGUGGCCGCCAUCAAGGCCGCGCACCCGAACGUGAGCGUCAUGGCCGGCCUCGGCGGCGACAGCGUGCUGGACAUCGUCAAGGUCUCCUUCGCGCCGGCCUCCGUCGACUCGUGGGUGGCCAACGCCGUGGCCUCGCUCUCGCGCCUCAUCAACGAGUACGGCCUCGACGGGGUGGACGUCGACUACGAGCGCUUCGCCGCCGGCGUCUCCGUCGACACCUUCGUGGAGUGCGUCGGCCGGCUGCUCACCCGGCUCAAGGCCGCCUUCCCCAACAUCACCACCUCCAUCGCGCCCUUCGAGGACGACACCGUGCAGAGGUACUACCGGGCGCUGUGGAGCAGGUACUCCGGCGUCAUCGACUACGUCAACUUCCAGUUCUACGGCUACGGCGCCAACACCGACGUCCCGACCUACGUCAUGUUCUACGAUCGCCAGACGGGCUUCUACCCCGGCGCCAGGGUGCUCGCCAGCCUGCAGACCGGCAAGACCACGGAGGAGCUCGGCCUGCUCUCGCCGGACCAGGGCAUCGCCGCCGCCAAGGAGCUGCUAAGGCAGAACAAGCUGCCGGGCUUCUUCAUCUGGUCGGCCGACAGCUCCAAGCAGAGCACCUACAAGUUUACCUAUGAGACCAGGGCGCAGGAGAUCGUCGCCAACCAUUGA